AUGAUUUUUGCUUUGCAGGUCCUCGACUUCCUUGGUAUAGACCGUAUACCAGCACAACAUAUUUUGAAACGAUGGACAAAGGACGCACGAGAUGUUCUACCAAAUCAUCUAUCACACCUCCAGAAGGACAGCAUUUCUCUGAACUCAAUUACAUUCAGGCACUCAAACUUGUACACUCAUGCUCUCGAAGUUGUGCGCUUGGGUGAUUCCAACACAGAAGCAUACAAGUGUGCCAUGGAUAUCCUAAAGAAAGCAAUGGACACAUUGACUCCAAUAGCAGCCUUGCAGGAUGGUAUGGGCUUGGAAGCAAGAAUUGAGACACAAAAAAUAAAACAAAAAGAUUUGGUUCCCCUGUCUGUCCCCUACAACACAGCGUGCAGUGAUGCUGAAGGAAGUGCAGUUGGUAAUUUCAGUGGCCUCAGAGCUCCAGAACACAAAUGGAAACCAGGGCGACCAACCACCAGCAGGGACAAACCUCCAUACGACGACCGGAGUGCAAAGAAUAAGUCACACACUCCUAAUGUGCAUGCUGCGAAUGAUUGUGGCACAAGUAAGCGAACUCGCUUCUGUAGUAUAUGCCGGGAACCAGGGCACAAGAGCCCCACAUGCCCGAAGAGAGGUGACAUGCCUCACAAAGAGAGGAAAGAAGCAAAAUGCUCAAAUUGUGGGGUUGGUGGCCACAGGAAGAAUACUUGCAACAAGACUAAGGUCAUCCUGCAUGUUGUUCCAUCUACUGGAUUCGGCCCAAGCACCAUUUGUGAAUGA